ACUUUUGCAUAACUUUUCUUGUAGUGUAGUGUAGGGCAAACAAACAAACAAACAAACGAACGAAUAAUAAUAUAUAUGGUAAUAAUAUAAAUAGUGUAGAUGUAAAAAAUAGUGUAUAAUUAACAAGCAUACAACAUUAAAAUGCUGAGAAAUGUUUUCAAUAUUUUCAUACUUUUUUGGAUUUUUACUGAUUGUUUUUCAUCCAAGAGUAAUAUAAGACUUUCUUCAAGAAGAGCAUUUCGCUAUGGUUUGCCGAAAAUACCAGACAAAGGUUUGUGUUUUUUUAAAAUCUAGGAUAAUAUUGUAACUCAACUCUGCUGGCAAAUCUUUGGACACGUUGGCAAUAGUUACAAAAUUUCCUUUUAUUUUACUCGUUUUCUAAUCAAUGUACGACCAUGUGUGUUUAAUAUUGCAUUCGAAAUAAGGUUUAAAUAUUUUUAAGCCCCAUAUACUAUAGCCUUUCUCUGCAUUUUCUAUAUUUUGCUUUAAUGUUACUGUUGCUUAUUUUGAAAAUAUGUCUUACACAAAAUAUGACGUUUCUAUAUUUCUAUGUAUAAUCAUUUUCUUAUCUAUUUUCUUGGCCCGUCGGCCCCAACCAUGGUCGGUCCUCCUUUAAUUCUAAAUAAUUUAGCCCCUCCACUUUCAAAAAUGCUCCGCUGGGUCUGUUUACUAGUUAUUUUGCUUUCUAAAGCAUUGUAUUCAAAUGCUGUACUAACUUUUUAUGUGUUUAGAUAUACUGCUCCAAACAAGAAAAUCUUAUUUUCCAUAUUUUGGGAAAAGAUCUCACAAAAAAGCCUUUUCAAGAACUGAUUAUGAACCUUUCUUAAAAGUGUUACUAAAGCAAAGCAUUUUGAAUCGACCAAAAAUAAUGGCAACCAAUAUAACAACAGCAACAACAACAACAACUACAAAAUCAACAACAGUUACUACUAUGCCACCAACAGUUGACACAACGUCGAACUUUAUAGUGACUGUACAAGAUGUUACUCGCUCAACUACACAUACACAAACGUAUAAUGAAAGAGAAGCGAGUCGAAACUCUAGAACAAGUUUUACCACACUAUCACCUUCAGUUACAUCAAACAGAAUAGUAACUGUAGUAGAUCACACCACUACUAAUAGAAGAAACACUGGCAAAAUACCCAGCAUUAAUAGUGAAGAGAAUGUCAGUAGCAAUACUCGUGCACCGAAAACAGCUAGAUCAAGUUAUUCCAGGUUACCAGCAACUAGUACGACGACGCCAAGAAUAGUACCUACUUCAUCAAAAACCUCUUCACUAAGUAAGAAAACAACGUCGCCGACAAGUACUACCAGUAAAACAGAUAUAACAACUUCAUUUGCGCCUGACGAGAAUGACGCAGUAACUACAACAGAAGUGAGGACAACACGAGAACCAAUCACAUCGGUCACAUCUGUCACAGAAUCAUUUUAUGCUACUACUUCUUCGACCUCUAAUGAAAGUGAUGCGAUAAGUACAACACAAAUACCAACAAAGGAAUACAAAACUGAAGAAAGAGCAACACAAAAACUUACUACGUCUUACCCAGAGUCAUCUGCAUCUGAUGAGAGUAAUACAAUCACUACAACGCAAAUAACAACAACAAAACCAAUAACUGAAGAUAUUACUAAACCAGAACCUGCCACGUCUAGCACAAAAUCAUUUGAUAAAACAACACCAUUUGUUUCGGAUGACAAUCAGGCAAUGACUACAACACCAAAUCCAACAGCUGAACUGAAAACUCGAAAAAACACAACUCCAAAACCUAUUACGCCUGUGACAGAAUCAUCUGUUAUAACUACACCAUCUACCUCUGAUGAGAAUGAUGCAAUGACUACAACCCAAAUUACGUCAACGGAAGCAACGAAUGAAAAACUGACUACGCUAAAAUCUACAAUAUCUAAUACAGAAUUACCUGAUAAAACAACAUCAUCUACCUCUGAUGAGAACAAUUCAGUAACUACAACAGAAAUAACAACAACAGAACUGACGACUGAAGAGAAGAUGCCACCAAAACCUACCACGUCCAACACAGAAUUCUCUUACGUAACGUCAUCCGCCUCCAAUAACAAUGAUGAAAUAACUACAACAGAAAGAACAACAGAAGUGACAACUGAAAGGAGAACUACACCAAAGCCUGUGACAUCUAACACAGUAUCAUCUGAUAUAACAACACCAUCUUCCUCUGAUGAGACUGAUUCAGUAACUACAACAGAAACACCAACUGCUGCAUUGACAGCUGAAACAAAUACGACACCAAAAACAACAUCAGUGACAGAAUCAUUUGGCCUGACAACAUCAUCUGUGUCUGAUGAGAAUGGCUCGGUAACUACAACAGAAAUAACAACAACAGAAUUAACAACUGAGGGAAUGACUACGGUAAAACCUGCUACGCCUGUAACAGAAUCAUCUGAUACAACAACAUCGUCUGUCUCUGAUGAGAAUGAUUUAGUGACUACAACAGAAAUGACAGCAACAGAAAUGACAACUGAAGGGACGACGGCUGCAUCACAACCUACUACACCAGUAGCAGAAUCAUCUGAUACAACAACACUAUCUGCCUCUGAUGAGAAUGAUUCGGUGACAACAACAGAAAUGACAACAAUAGAGUCUAAAACUAGGGCUACGCCAAGAACUUCCACGUCAUUAAAAGAUGAUGUGACGAAAAAGCCUACACUGGGUAGUGCCCACACCACAUUAAAUAAAGGUAACGAAACAUCAACAACAAAAAUGGUUACUAAAAGAAAAGGAAAAAAUACAUCAACAACACCAAUAACAUCAAGAGAAACAUCCAGUGUAACGAAUGAAGACAAGGAAGGAAUAACAGUGACACCAACGACGUCGUCACAUGCACAAGCUACUUUAACGACACCAGAAGGAAGAACAACUUUAUCAGGAAAACUUAAAACUACGCCUAAAGUAGAAGACACUGAAGCAACAACUACAACAUCAAAAACUACAAAACAUACAACCGCAUCACCGAAAACCACAGUCACAAAAGGGAAAUCUACAACUGCAAAAACAGAAAAAGAAACAUCGACUGCAACAACAACUCCAAAGACUACACCAAAAAAAGCGAAGACUACGGCUGCAAAAGAUAAAACCAAGAAAACAGAAGCGAAGACCACGGCCACGAAAAUGAAAACUAUAACUGAAGAAGUGGAGGAUACAAAAACAAAAGUAAAAACUACUACUACAAGAUCGAAGACUACGAAAACAAAUGCAAAAACUACAACUACAGCAUUGAAAACUACCACUUCCAAUCCAAAAACUACAACUGCUACACCAAUAACUACAACUACGAAAUUAAAAUCUACAACUUCAAAAUCGAAAGCUACAACGAAAAUGGAGAAAACUACAGCUAAAAAACCAAAAACUACAACUACGGAGGGGACAGAAACGACUACAAAACCGAAAACAACAAAUACAAAACCGAAACCAACAACUACAAAACCGAAAACAACAACUGCAAAACCGAAAACAACCACUACAAAACCGAAAACAACAACUGCAAACUCUAAAACAACAACUACAAGCUCGAAAACUACAAAUACAAAACAGAAAACUACAACUAAAAACUCGAAAACUACAAAUACAAAACCGAAAACAACAACUACAAACUCGAAAACUACAACUACAAACUUGAAAACAACAAAUACAAAACAGAAAACUACAAAUACAAAACCGAAAACAACAACUACAAACUCGAAAACUACAACUACAAAACUAAAAACAGCAACUACAAAACCGAAAACUACAAAACCAAAAACAACAACUGCAAACUCGAAAACUACAACUACAAACUCGAAAACGACAACUAUAAACUCGAAAACUACAACUACAAAACCGAAAACUACAACUACAAACUCAAAAACUACAACUACAAAACCGAAAAUUACAACAACAAACUCGAAAACUACAACUACAAACUCGAAAACUACAAAACCAAAAACUACAACUACGGACUCAAAAGCUACAACUGCAAAACCGAAAACUACAAUUACAAAACCGAAAACUACAACUACAAACUCGAAAAUUACAACUACAAAAUCGAAAACUACAAAACCGAAAACUACAACUACAAACUCGAAAACUAAAAAACCGAAAACUACAACUAUGGACUCAAAAGCUACAACUGCAAAACCGAAAACUACAACUGCAAAACCGAAAACUACAACUGCAAAACCGAAAACUACAACUACAAAAUCAGAAACUACAUCUACAAAAUCAGAAUCUACAACAACAAGUUCAAAAACAACAACUACAGAUACAAAAGAAAUAACAACUGACGAAGUACAAGACGCAUUAAGACAGCAGGAAUUAUCAGAUUGGGUGAAAUGUCGGGAGCUUUGCCAUUAUGGCCUAUGUGAUACUAGUUGCCCUGUUGAAUGUUGUCCACAUUCAAAUGAAGCAAUAGCUCCACACCUGGAGGAGGUGCCACCAAUAUGGGGGGAUCAACCAGGCAUACUAAAAAUGAACAAACCUGAAUAUCCCUGUGCUACUUCAGAAUGCUUUGAGCAGACAGACUUCUCUGAUUAUCCAGUUAUGAAGUGCAAACCUUCAUGUAAACGGUAUUGUGUUCCUACAUGUCACCAAGCAUGCUGUACAGCUCGUUACUUGUCCUAUCGCACAGACGAAUACUAUUCUGGUUUGUACAAGCGAAAGCUAAACAAAUACUUGCAUGACAAAAAGAGAGGUUUAGAGGGAAACAUGUUGCUAGCUAAUGUACAGAGAAACCUCUCUAAAUGUAAUUAUUUUCUUCUGCUCAAUCCUUUUUUUGGCGUAUAUGAGUAUGAAAUAAAAAUAUUAAAUACGCUAAGCUUAAACAAUUAUGCUGCGUUAGCUUAA